AUGUCGCUCCUAGCAGUAGGCACCUUCAACACCAACGAGCUCUUCACUGUUCGGUUCGACCCCAAAGAGGAGACUCUCGAACUGCUCGACGUCUCUGCAGCAAAGGGCAACCACUCGUGGCUAUCGACUGCAACCCUCCCCAAGACCUCAUCAAGAGAUGCUACUGCGCCAACACAUCUCUAUGCGACAUGCUGGACGCAGCCACCGAGCGUAGCAGCCUAUCGUAUUGAUCGAAGCGGACCGGGUGGUGCUCGCUUUGAGCUGCUCAAUACUGCCGAGACCGCUGCGAGGUCCGGCUAUGUCUAUGUCGGCUUCCCGGAAAAGGCGCACCAUCCUGUCCUAUACACCUGCGGCGGACCUACGGGCGAGGUGGUUGGGAUCGACUCUGAGACGGGUGCAUUCGACCUGGCGGGUACAAAGCAUAAGGCAAUCGUCUCAGCGGCAACGCCCUCGGACGGCGUCACCGGUGUCGGACCAGCAGGUCGCAUCCAGGAGAUCGACUUUGUCACGGGCGAGUGCUCGAUGCCUGGGAAGACGCUCGCUCAGACCAAGGCGCUCAAGCAGCAGGAAUCGCACUCGGAGAUUGGCAGCGAAGGAACGUCGUCAGAUACGGGCAAGCUGGACGCCUCGAACGGCAAGAACGCCAUGGACUUCGGAGGUCUUCGUCACGGCUCGCAUGGCAUUGACCUGUCACCAGACGGAACCGUCUGCUACGUUCCCGACAUCGGCCGAAACUGCGUCUGGACCAUGGACGUCGAUCCCAACAACGGUGCCCUCAGUCUCGGCGAGAAGAGCAUCGCGCCACGAAGCAACGACGGUCCGCGUCAUACCAUCUCCCAUCCCGACGGACGCUACAUCUACAGCCUGCAGGAGCACAGCUCCAUGGUCGACGUGUUUGAGCUCAUCAAGGAUGCCAGAGGCACACGGCUCGAAUGGCGCCAAGGCGUCAAGAUCAUUCCGCGGAGCGACGAAGCAGGUUUGUACUGGGCGGACGAAGUGAGGCUCUCCCACGCAACGGCCAAUUCGGACGGCGAGUAUCCGCUCUACAUGUUUGCGUCUACUCGAGGCCUCGCUUCUGGCACUAAAGGCUGGGUGGCUGUGUUCGAGCUCGAUAAAGGUGGGCUCGUGGUACCUCCACCAGGUCGCAAUGCUUCGGACGAGCUCGGCGAUGCUCUGUGUUUGUGGCAGACACCCACCUCGGGCGGCUGGGCAAAUGCGAUCGAGCCCGCGCCUACAUUCUUGCCUGGACCGAGCGGAGAUGGAAUUUAUGCUGCCCUCACCGAUAGCGAAGUGGGGGAGCUUAGGAUGCUCCGUCUCGACGUCGAACAUUCCGGCGAAACCCACCAGGUUGUCCUAAGGGAAGUGGCGACCCUCAAGCUCGGAAAUGAUGCGCAAGGUCGACUUCGAGAGGCUGCCACCGCGGUGUGGAUCUAA